AUGGCUGGGAAGUCCAAGCUUAGGGCAGUAGAUAUUGGCACUGUCCUAGGAAGCUUCCUUGGGGACCAGCUCGGGGCAACAAGUAGUGGGCUGAAAAGAGGAACCUUCAAAUCCAAGGCCAGGAUUCAUGUCUGGAGGCAUCAAGGGCCAUAUCCUGGAUUUGCUCAGUGUGCCUGGUUACCAGGUAUCAGCUUGCCAGACUCCAUUGCCACUGAGGAUGCCUGUGGGUUUGUGCACACACCAACACUCACUCAUCUGAGAAUUACUGAAUCGCUGCGGAAGUCACCAUUUUCCAUGGGAUGUGUUGGAAGCCAAAAGGAAGGUAUCACAUGGGAUUCUCAGGAGCAGAGUAUGAGCGCAGACAAAAUCAAGUCCAGAUUUGCCAGGUGGCUCUUCAUCGAAGACAUCAAAGAACAGCCAUAUAUAAAGUCCCAUUGGCCCCACCGCUAUUCUGAUAAACUUCACUUUGGCCACCAUUUCAGAACGCAGGACAGCUCCUCCUUCCCAGCCUACUCUGCAGAAGAAAUGGUGCCCCCAGAACUCCUAACAUUCAAGGAUGUGGCCAUAGAAUUCUCUGCAGAAGAGUGGAAAUGCCGGGACCCUGCCCAGCAGAAUUUAUAUAGAGAUGUGAUGUUGCAGAACUACAGAAACCUGGGUGUUGCUAUCUGUAACCCAGACAUGGUCACCUGUCUGGAGCAAAGAAAAGAACCCUACAAUAUGAAGAUAUAUGAGACAGUAGCCAAACCCCCAGGUAGGUGA